GUAACCUUAAGUCUAAAUCGGAUAUCAUAAUGAGUCUCUAUAGAUCAGUCUCGAAAUUUUGUCUUACAAUAAGACAACCGAAUAAUUAUUGUCGUAACCUUUCAAAUAAAAAUACUUUUAAAGAAGUUGCUAUACCUGUCCCGUGGGGUGAAAUUAGGGGAAAAUGGUGGGGUCCAACUGAGAGCAGACCCAUAUUGAUUCUUCAUGGUUGGCAGGAUAAUUGUGGAUCAUUCGACAGGCUAAUGCCUCUGCUGAAUAACGAGGUGGGAUACCUGGCAAUAGACUUGCCAGGACACGGUUACUCCUCCAGAUUGCCAGCAGGUAUCCCAUACACUAUUACGGAAUAUUUAUCCACAAUUAAGUAUGUGGAAAAAUACCUGGGAUGGCCACGGGUAGCCUUAAUGGGACACUCCUUGGGGAGCGCGGUCAGUUUUACAUACACCAUGAUAUACCCAGACAAAGUCGAUUUUUUAGUGUGCAUAGAUGGAGCCAAACCUUUGGUACCCAAAGUGACAAAAAAUCGGUUAACUAGGGCGCUCGACGCUUUUUUGAAAAACUCCGAUUUGGUUAUAGAAAAUAGAGAACCUCCUAGCUAUACAAUAGAGGAAAUGAAGAGAAUAAUACAUCAACCGAACGAUGGAGCUGUCGAUAUUGAUGUAGCACAUUAUCUAAUGGAAAGAAAUAUCGCUCCCUCCAAAACUCAGCCUGGAAAGUACUAUUUUACCAGAGAUCCACGUCUAAAAGCUGAAGCAUUUACUUAUAUCACUCAAGAAGAAAUUCUUUACACUGUUCGUAAUAUGAAAUGUCCUAUUUUUGUCGCUAAAGCAAAAGGUUCGCAUUAUUUUGAACAGAAGGAAAAUUUCUAUGAGGUUCUUGAUGUUCUGAAAAAAAACAUCGCGGAUUUUGAAUUCAAUUAUAUCGAAGGCACUCAUAACGUACAUUUAAAUAAUCCAGAAGCAGAAUUGUCCAGUUUAAUAGAUACUUUCAUCAGUAAACAUAAUUUAAUCGACAGGAGUGUUAGCACUGGAAUAAAAGAGGAUAUUGUUGUUGAAGAAAUUGAUUUGUUAAGAAACAAGAUAUAAAUUUCAGAAACCCGGUAUACUAGUCAACCAAUAAUAUUCUAAUCUAAUAGAAUUUACUAAAUAUUUAUUUUGAUACUAUCCUUUUGUUAAUUUAUAUAAGAAUAGGAACAUAUACAAAGAGUGUAUUACUCAUAUGAACUUAUCAAAAACCUUUUCCUCUGUAUCUCAGUUUGUUUAGAUGGCAUAAUCCCUUAUUCCUA